UCUGAUAAUGCAGCAUGGGCGAAAAUAGCAGAUCGGAAAGCUACAGCUGAGGAAGCGAGGCGCUCUACCGUCAACGAUUUAGCACGAUUGUGGCCAAGUGAUGUUCCAACAAUGCCGAUAGUGGAUAAACUCAAGGAGGCAUUAAAACCCGGCCGAAAGGAGACUGGAGAUGAGGGUGACCUUAAUAAACUGUUGGCUUCUUCUGCCAAGAAGGUCCUUUUGCAGAAGAUAGAGUUUGAGCCUGCCAGCAAGGGGUUCUCUUAUCAACUGGAUAGCUUAAAGAACAAGUAUGUCAUCCUCAAUCCCAGGAAUGAGGGGGCUACAGGGCAGAAGGCAACAGAGCCUCUCCAAAUUAAGAGGCAAGUCUCAGAGAACAUGGUUGGUGGCCAGACCGAUGGGAUCCCCGGUCCACAGAAGAUGCUCUUUCCAGGAAACAAGCUUACCCUCAAAUGGGAGCGUGUGUUCAGGGUGGGAGCCGGCCUCCACAACCUGGGAAACACCUGCUUCCUCAACUCCACAGUGCAAUGUCUCACCUACACCCCGCCACUUGCCAACUAUUUACUCUCAAAGGAGCACAGCCGUGCCUGUCACCAGCCAGGCUUUUGUAUGAUCUGUAUAAUGCAGAACCAUAUCAUCCAAGCCUUUGCCAACACAGGCAAUGCCAUCAAGCCCGUCUCCUUCAUCAGAGACCUGAAAAAAAUUGCCAGACAUUUUCGCUUUGGAAGCCAGGAGGAUGCCCAUGAAUUUUUGCGGUACACCAUCGAUGCCAUGCAGAAAGCCUGUCUCAAUGGCUACCCCAAGCUAGACAGGCAGACCCAGGCCACAACGCUGGUUCACCAGAUCUUUGGAGGUUACCUCAGGUCAAGAGUGAAAUGCUCUAUUUGUAAAAGUGUGUCUGACACGUAUGACCCUUACCUGGACAUCGCUGUGGAGAUUCGGCAAGCGGCAAACAUUGUGCGAGCCCUGGAGCUGUUUGUUAAACCAGACGUGUUAUGCGGAGAGAAUGCCUACAUGUGUGCCAAGUGCAAAAAGAAAGUGCCAGCAACCAAACGUUUCACGCUCCAUCGACCAUCCAACGUUCUGACUCUUUCACUUAAGAGGUUCGCCAACUUCAGCGGUGGCAAAAUCACAAAGGAUGUCGGAUACCCAGAAUUCCUGAACAUCCGCCCCUACAUGUCUCAGAGCUCAGGCGACCCUGUAAUGUAUGGCCUCUAUGCUGUCCUGGUGCACUCGGGGUACAGUUGUCACGCUGGCCACUACUACUGCUAUGUUAAGGCAAGCAACGGACAGUGGUACCAAAUGAAUGAUUCAAUGGUGCACUCUAGUAACAUCAAAGUGGUCUUGAACCAGCAGGCCUAUGUUCUUUUCUACCUGAGGAUCCCUGAAACUAAAAAGAAUGGAGAGGGUCAGACCACCAAACAGGGGAUGCUGUAUCAGGGGAAGAACAGCACGUCGUCUGAUCAAAUAAAGAGGGCCAACCUGAACGGGCCUCUCUCCUCCCCGCAGGUCACAAAGAAACUUGAGCCUGCACAACUGCGUAAGAUCCAGUCUGUGGAUGGUGGUUUGGGCCAGCCCGUUUCCAGGAACGGUCUGAGCUCUCAGCCACAGCCCAGAUUCUCCAACUGGACUUCAUCGUCCAGUGGCCCACCAAAGCCGCCAGGUGGACCCACCGUUAUCGACGAACCUUUCAAGAAGCUGAAGAAGCCGUCUCCCCAGAACCAAGUGCAGUCACGCAGCAGCACUCCGACCCCUUCCAACAACGGGGUCAGCAGGACGGAGGGAGAUAAGAAGCAAGGUGGCGAGGGCAGAGGCAUUGCGGCAUCUACCUCAUUUAAGUCUCUGUCUGACUCUUCCUCUGCCGACACCUCUGAAUCUAAGGACUCCUUGUCUACCAAAAGUGCGCCGGUAGGAGAGACGCCCUCCACCCCUCGGAAAGGCUCCAACGGCCUGUCGUCUCCAGCCAAGAGUGUGGAGCGUUCUCAGAGCACGGAGGAGCAGAAGACAGCGAAAAUAAAACCCCCAGCCCUCAACAACAUCACAUCCGAAGCCACCAGCACCAUGUCACCUCCACCAGCCAAGAAACUGGCCCUGUCAGCCAAGAAGGCUCGCAACCGGAGUCCGAGCAACAUUGAUGCUCUGCCCCCUUUGUCACGCCAGCUGUCCGGUGACCUCACACAUCAUAAUCAACUUAAUCCCCCCACCUUUGGCUCACCUUCUCACGCUCACAGAGCUGGUCCAUUCCAUUUCCCUAAAGUCCAGUCAUCGCCUUUUGUCCACUCAAGUGGCUCCUUCAAACAGCAGAGCCCUCAGAAACAGUCUCUUCACUCCACACUGCAAAAACCAAACGCCAGCCUUUCUCCGAAAACCAACGGGCUUCACAGUCCCAGCCCAAAGAGCCCCAAGUCUUCCAACAACCUCAGCUCCACGGUCCAAGAUCCAGACCUCAACAGCCCUUCAGCUGAAAAGGUCAACCAAAAGAAGAAGAAGAAGAAGAAGCGGCGCCACUCGGAAGUGGAGGGUGACGCGAAGCCAGUGACAUCUCCGGCUAAAGUGAUACCGGCCAUUGUUGUGGAGUCAGCCAGUGAGAAGAAGCGCAAGAAGAAAAAGAAGAAGCGAAAGAGGGAGACUGACAACGAAGACCCGGCGAAGGAGAGGGAGUGCGUCUCGUCUCAUCUGGACACAACAAAUCAGGAGGAGGAUUGGUGUCAGGGCGGCAUGUGGAGUCUAACGUCCAAUCCCAGUGCAGAACAGUCCAAGCCUCAGUCCAAUUCCACAGUUCCAACGCAGGGUGAGUCACCUCAGAAAGAACAGGAAGGGGACUCUGGGUUGUUGAAGAAGAAGAAGAAGAAAAAGAAGAAGAUGCAAUUGACGGAGGCCCUGCAGGACACAACAUCGACAUGCUCGGCAUCAGAAAGCAAUUCUGAGGUGAAGGCUGCAGCUGUUCAGGAGGACGAGGGAGAGUCGAAAAAGAAAUUAAAGAUGAAGAAGAAGAAGCGUCUAAAAGAAGAAGUGAGACUGUGGGAGGAGAGCAGGCGGUGCUCAAACGGGCAAGAUGAGGAGCGGGACAUGGCGGAGCCCCUUUCCGAAAAGACGAUCACAGAGAAUGACAAACUGGGAAAACAAAGCACAGCCUCAGUGGUGGUGUGGGACAGCCAAGUGAAGGACGGCUACAAACGAAGCCAGGCUCCAGCGGCUGAUAGAAGUGAGUUAGGAGAUAAAUCUACGAACCGUGCUGCUCCCGUAGCCUGGGAUGGAAAAAAGACGAGUGUUGUGGUAGAGGAGCUGCUGAAGAACGCCACAGAUAAGGCCUACGGAGCCAGCGUCCUAAGCUGGGAUGGAGACGCAUCUGCGAUCAGUAGAGAUGCCAUCGAAGACGUACACCACGCAAAGAACGACACUGUGAUCGAUGAGUGGGAUGAAGACUUUGACAGUGGAAAGGUGAAGAAAAUAAAGAACUAUAAAAGAGAAAGCUGGAGGAGUGGCAGCAGCAUCUUCCAGAAAAUCCAGGACAGGAGGAACAAGUGGUCUGUGACACCCGGAGGGAAGAGAGUGUUUGGAGUCCGGCGCUGAGAGUCCAGAGCGCUGUCGAGAUCAUGCCGACUGGAUAUUGAGACAAUACUGUAUACCAAACUUCUCUACCUUUUUUUUUUUCUUCUUAUUUUUUAAACUUUUUUUUAUCUUGUGUUCACCUCAGACCCAAAUUUAAGAAUAGGAUUGAGCCAAAUGCAGCACAGCAGACUGUUAACUGUUUGACUGACAGCACCUUCACCAUCAAGUUCCAACUAACCAACAUGAAGACUGUCUUCAUCAUAGCUGGAUUUAACAACUCAUUACCCCUUUUUUAAUCAGAAACGCAUUAGUAGGUGGCUCAAGCUUUUCUUUUUUUUUUUUUAUCCAUGCAGUAUUUAACAUAAAAGCCUCACACAUCCAUGCCACAUGAAUUACUGUAUGUUGGCAUCCUGUGAGCCUCAGUUAUUGCCCUGCAACUCUGAAUAACAAUGGAAUUCAAUUCAGUAAAUCUGUUUUAGAGCAAAACCUGUUGCUUUUGCAGACGCAAGGGUUCAGUUAAUUGGACAUUAAAAAAGUGACCUUUUUUAGAUCCUUCGCCCCUGAAAUGAUACUAAAUGGAAAUGAUCCAAAAUGUUUUAUUUUAUUUUAUUUUAUACCUCCAUCAGCGUUAUGGUUUGUUUUUUAAAAGACCAGAUGUUGCCUGUUGGUAAAAUUAGGGUUUAAAUUGGUUCAGAAACAUUAUACAGUAAGUUUGUUUUUAUUUUUGUUCUCUUGGUUGUAUGCCAUGUUAUGUACUGUUUGUUUGAUACAUUUAAGACCACAAAUGAGUGCUCAGCCGAACAUUUUCACUGGAAACAUUGAAGAUCAACACAUUAGUGCAACGUUCAUUUGCAGAGGAGACGUUGUGGUUGCUUGAGGAAAUCGGACAAGAGCAUUUAUUUUCUACUGUGCAGCUAUUCAACUCUGUAGCUCAUCUCACCAGUUCCACAGGGCGGAGGCUCUUUCUGGAUGUUUUCCACUCUGUAACCAACCUCACCACAGAACCAAUGUACUGAAAUAAAAGGGUUACAUUUUUUACUUCAGGGCACUGUGUUAGACCGGGACUGCCACAUGCUAAUAAUUUAUUUCCCCCUUUGUAUCUCUAUGCAAUUUUCUGAUGCUCAUGCUGGUGACACUACAAACUGGGCUGAGACUCAGGAAUCAGACAUCCUGUAUCGCAUCUUCACCUCCGUUCAGACCUCCCCCCCACCGUUUCAUACAAUGACAAACCACCAUUUUGCAUCCUGUACAUCCUGUAGAAACUGUUUUAUACUGAGUAUUUCAGGUGUGGAAACCAUGGGAUCAUCUUGCACCAAUCCAGACACAGAUGCGUAUAGAGAAACUAACGUCGCAACAAAACGCUUUGCCAGUGUAGAAGACUGUACAGUCCAUCUUGUGCUACCUGUGUUUCCCUCCCAAUGCUGUAAAGGUUUGCCCAUGCAUUUCUAUUCAUUCUAGAGAUGUUGCCUUGAAUUGGCUACAAAAAAAGUAUAGAAUAUGAUGUUAUAAAUAUAUAAUUUAAAAGAAAAGACAGAUCUUUAAUGUGCUACUAAUACUUGGAUCAGUUGGUGGAUGUUAACUUGAGAAUUUAUCUGCAAAUGUGUUUGUUCAUUUGUGUAAAAGAGAGUUGUCUGUUUUCAUGCAAGACCUUCCUUAUGUCACUGUAGUGUGUACAGUACAGGAGAGGCCACGACUGACUGAUUUCCAUAGGACGUGCUUGUAAGGUGUGACUCUCACUUAGAGGAACGUUUACCAUUGUGAACGGACGGUCCACAUGUUUGCAUUGAUGGUUCUAUAUUUUGCACCACCUUUUCUGACCAAGGAGGAGACCUUUCAUAAUGAAAAGUGGCUCUUACCACACUAGUUAUACUAUAAAGGUGCAAUAAAGUUGUGACUUUUGUGAGCA